CAUCACCAUGACGAUGAAAGCCACAAUUUCACCAGGGAUAUUAUGCUGCUCCCUGCUGCUUUUCUCCUGCCUUGCUGUUUCCAUGGUAACCACCGAUAACGAUGUCAGGAAGCUGCCGCCCGGCGGCGCCGCCUCCCCACCGGCCGGCAAACGCGCCCCCCUCUUCCUCCUCGCGGGCCGCAAGCAGCCGCCCGCCGCCGCCGGGCCCAGAGUGGCGCCCAAGAAGGCGGAGGUGGAGGACGCCGACGAUCGACCGCCGCCGCCCUUGGCCGAGCCGCCCCCCAAGCCCCUUCCCCAGACCAUGUUGCCCAGGAACGUGACGGAUGACGCCCUCAAGCCCCCGCUGGGCGCCGCCCAGGUGGCGCCGGCCCCCAGGCAGCUGGUGGACGUGGACGUGUGCAGGGGCUACUUCGACGUGAUGGGCCAGUUCGACAGCACCUUCAACUGCUCCAAGGGAAGCUACAUCUACUGCUGCGGCACGUGCCACUACCGCUUCUGCUGCGAGCACCAGCGCAACCGCCUGGACCAGGACUCCUGCACCAACUACAAGUCGCCCGACUGGGCCGAACCGCAGGUGCCCGUCACCGUGCCCGCCGACGACAAGCCCGACCCGGACUUUGAGACGCUCCAGCAGCAGAACAGCAGCACGGCCUACGUGAUCGGCGGCGUCAUCUCCUUCACGCUGGUGGUGGCCGUGGGCGUGCGGCUCGCCUUCAGUAAGGUGGCGCGCCGCCCGCGCAACCGAGACGCCAACGUGCCGAGGUCGCUGGUGGACAUCCUGCGUCACCAGUCCAGUCCCGUGCGGCACGGCGAGAGGAACAACAUGCUAACCACCUCCAACGGACGCAUGGCCAAAAACAUGUACACGCCCAUCCUCCAGAGCAAGGACAACCGCAAGCGAGGCGCCCGCAUGAACAACAUGGGCACCCCGCAGCUGUCGUGCGGCCCCAAACUCAUCGCGAGCGGCGGCAAGGGCCUCGGCGGCGGCGGCCUGGUGGCGGGCGGCGGCGCGCGGCACAGCGGCAGCCGCGCGUCCUUCUCGCACUCCUUCCACAACCUGGCGCAGCUGCCGCCGUCCUACGAAGCCGCCAUGCAGCCAGAAAUCAGCAGAUACAGCUCCCUCAAGAAGCUGGAGAAAGAGCUGGACGAGUAUUCCGGCUAUUAUUCGUCAAAGCGGCGCUCGACCAACGCGCCGCCGUCCUUCUACUCGUCGCAGCACUACCUUCCCUGGGCGGGCGACUACACGUCGGGCUCCUCCAGGGGCACCCUGCCGCUCGACGGCUCCCGGCCCCGCCCGUACGCGCCGCCGUCCGCGCCCAACCCGUACCCGCUGCCUGUGCCCGCGCAUUACGGCGGCUUCGACCGGCCGCCGCGCCGCGUGCGCUCCCAGGAUCAGCUGCUGGCGCUGGGCGAGGGCAACACGCUGUCGCGCCUCUUCAAGAACCAGCAGCAGCACUACUACCGAAACGUGAUGAUGGGCGGCAGCGGGAGGAGCGCCGCGUCGCAGACGCUGCGCAGGUCCCACGAGCGACUCCUGGUGUCCCCCGACCGCCUGGAGGACCAGCCGAUGGCCGUGGGCCUGAUGUCGGAGAGAGGCGCGGGCGGCGCGGUGCCCGCCAUGGGCCGCCUGAGCCACCACCACAAGGCCCAGUCGCAGCAGAACAUCUGCGUCACGCCCUCCGCCGAGCGCCACCACAUGAUCAAGAUGAACUCCCACCCCACGCCGGGCCACGAGCACGGCGGCUGGGACGGGGGGCACCCCAACGCCCGCCGCGCGGCCUUCGCCGGCAAGCGGCAGAACACCGUCGAGCAGCUCCACUUCAUCCCGGGCGGGGGAGGGGGCCACGCCCUGAGGACCGCCAGUAAGAACGAAGUCACCGUCUGAGGCCGGCGCGCUUUCGGGCUUCUUUUGUACGCCGCGCAACAACGAAAGUUUACCUGGCGUAUGUUUCGGCAACGCUACUCGCAUAAUCUGACAAGUACAUACACACACGUACACACAUACACGAAAACUACCCCACGUACACACAAACCAACACGUGUACACAAUGGCACACAGAUACUGACACACACUCAUCCACUGACACACACAGAUAUACAUUUACAGACUGAACAUACACACACAAACACACAACAGUAGUUGCCGAAACACGCAACGUAAGCAAAACAUAUUUUUUUUCUACCGUGUGGUAUACGAAGAACCCUGAAGUGUGUUACUUCUCAGAAGACAGGAUGAACCUUGUUACACGGCUGUGAGAGGAAACGGAGGAAGACGGGAUGAAGGAGGGAAAGAAGGAAAGGGAGCUCCCGUUUGCGUUGUCCUUCGUUUGAAGGUUUGUAUAAAAAAAAAAAAAAAUCCCAAAGUUACCUUUUUCUUCGGACGUUUGCUCCAAAGGUGCCGUGAAGGUGCGCCGACGCCGGCAGCAUUCCGACCAGCGCCGCCGCGUCCGCGCUGAGGCAACAUCCUCGCCCAAAUAUGGCGUCAUCGCCGUUGAACUUUUAACACUGAUUUUUAGCUUCAAAAUCAAACUUUUGAGUUUAAAAAAAAAAAAAAAAAAAAAAAACAUUUCAGAAGUAGAAAAAAAUUCUGCGUAACUGAAUUUCAUUAUAUAUAAUUGAGUGUAGACGAGGUCAACAUAAUGUAAAACUAAACUCGAGAAAUUAUUUUUUUUUUUUUUUCAAAAACAUUUUCCCCUUAAAAAAUGCUCAUAAGCGGGUAAUUGGGUAAAAAAAAAAAAAAAAGGGGGUAAAACAAUACCGCAAAUAAGUUAUUCUCCAAAUAACUCUGGGUCGCCCCCCCCAAAAGAAAAAAUCCACGAUUAGUUGAAUCUGUGAAUGACGAACUGCAAUCCACUGUACUGUGUAUUUUUAUUAUUAUAAUACUUUUGAGAGUUGGACUGCAACUGAUUUUUUUCGGUAAAUCGAUGAAUCGGAUUUAAAAAAAAAAAAAAACAUUUUCGGAGAAAGCCACUGUCGUUUGAUGGUUUUGGAAAUUCAAAGUUUAAUUUUGACACUCAAAAAGUUCAGUGUUAAACAAUAGAGCUCAAAUUCAGAUGGCACACACACUUUCGUAAUUCCUUCUUCUUGUGAAUUAAAAAAAGGUGUGAAGUUAUGGUCCAAUUAUUUAUUUAUUUAUUUAUUUAUUUGGGGCGACUUGGCCCGCGCGUCGGAACGCGUCCUGGCCGGACUCGACUGUAUUUUCAAGGCCCGCAUCCUACAAAAAUGGAGAAUUCCGCCAUGUCGUCGUGGUUUGUCGUCCGCGCAGCUCUCGCCGGCCAUCGUUAUCGAGCGUCAACGCUUGCGGGCGGCGGCACACUUGAUGACACUAGGGGACACUUGACACUAAGGGCUAUAUUCAACACAAAACAAUUGAUGAUCUUUGUGUGUGUCUGUGUCGGUUUGCGUGACUUUCUCGUGCGGAGGCAUGCUCGUCGUGUGCGUCUUUUUUCCGUUUGUGUGAUUCCGGAGAAACGAAAAGAGAGAGCAUACGCUUCCAUCUGGUCAUAUUUUUCUGUUCGAGCAGUGCUUCCCAAUCUUACUUGAGAAAAAUAUCACGGCACCUCGCCAAAUUAAAAUGUCAAUGUAAAAAAAAAAUCAAUACACAAUAUGAGCACCAAACAGAAUAGUGUCUUAGUGUCAGAAUAGUGACUUUGACGCUAACAUAAUAACAAAAACAAGACCGAGAAAGGGCUUUUGACGGAAAAAUGCAACUAAGAAAGAGCAUGGCUCCAGUUGAACGUCAGCGUUUGUUUUUUUUUUUUUUUUUUUUUUUAACAUGGAAUAAGCGGUAGAGAAAAUGGAUGGAUGGAUGGAUGGUGUUCGUCAUUCAUUCCAUGAACCUUUUGGCACCAUAGCGACACACGCUUUCCACACAUACACUGUUUGUACCUUACGCAUUCGGACGUGAGGUGCCUAAACUUGUAUGACAGUCAACGCGUCAGCAAUUUUCUCCCUGAAAAUCGACGGGACGAGCCCAGAUUCACGGCCUAAUCUUUAUCUUCUACUCAAAAGUGGUACUGCGAUCAAAUCCAAAGCGGCGCAACACUGCCAUCUACUGGCCUCUGUUUGUCAUUACAGUUACGUCGAAGCGUGAAUUCCACACACAAGCUGGGUAGGACCCCCUUCCAUGCCUACCCGUUUGGAAAACAUACUUAACGAGCACUUUUGUUAGUGGCAAUAAAUGGCUGGAUUCCAGUCGACGAAUCUGAGCGGCCACGGUCGUGGAUGAGUUCGCUGAAAUUAAAUCAUUUCAAAAACAAAAUUCUUUGUGAAACAGGUGGACGGGUCAAAACAAUUUGACAUAUCAAAAACGUUGGUGUCAAACGGUGCAACAUCGCAAGCAUUGAAUUGUUUUUGCAUGUCACUACACGUCGCUGGCAUAGAUAGGCGAUACAUUAUUUGUAGUUAAUAAUUAAUUAUAUAUAUAUAUAACUUAGUGAAACUAGAUGAUUUCCCACGACACACCCGAUAAGGUUGGGAGUCACUGCAUUGAACUGCCUUUUACGUACAGAUGUAUUCAAUUAUUUCCAAAACAAAAAGGAGCUGAUGUGAUGAUGAUGUCACAGCGAUGAUGUCACAAUGCGUGAGUGUGUGUGUGUGUGUGUGUGUAAACCACGGCCAUGUAAUAUUUGUAAGGCAAAGCUACUCUGCAUACCUCAAAUUGUAAAAGACUUUUUAUUUAGGACAUCCCCUCAAAUGUUGUCUUUCCAGGACAAAGAAAGGCCUCACAAUUUUUUAUUUUUUUGUGUGUGUCUUUUCAUUUUGGGUUUGUACAAAAAAAAAAAAUAAUAAUAAUGUUUGACAAUGAUAAUUACAAAUAAAUCCUUUGAAAGCUU